UAAUGCUUUGUGGGGACGUUGACAAGUGGAUCCAAGAUGGCGUAGAAAGUAAUGACAGGGAUUGGAUGAAGCAAUUGAUCACCAAUGAACUACAGAGUCGGAGAGAUGUGCAAGAAAGUAUAAAGAGCUCUGAUGGGCUGUUUGGGUGGUCCCCAGUGCAGUGAGCUGCAGGAUUUUUGUUCCUGAGUCAUGGAAGACAGAAGAGCUGAAAAGUCAUGUGAACAAGCGUGUGAGUCACUGAAGAGGCAGGACUAUGACAUGGCCCUCCAGCACUGCACAGAGGCCCUGCUUUCUCUUGGCCAGUACUCCAUGGCAGACGUCACAGAGCCAUGCCCACUGGAGAUUGAGCGCAUCAAAAUCGAGAGCCUUCUUUACAGAAUUGCCUCUUUCUUGCAGUUGAAAAACUACGGGCAAGCGGAUGAAGAUUGUAGGCAUGUGCUGGGGGAAGGACUGGCCAAGGGAGAGGGUGCCUUCCGGGCAGUGCUGUGCUGCAUGCAGCUGAAAGGGAAGCUCCAGCCUGUGUCCUCCAUCCUUGCCAAGUCCCUGUCAGGGGAGUCUCUGAAUGGGAUGGUAACGAAAGAUUUGACAAGACUCAAGACACUUCUCACAGAAACAGAGACAGCAGCGAGUAAUGUCCUCCCUGGAUGUUCUGUGGAAGACUUAGAUGAAGGCUCUUGUAAUGGUUGGCAUUUCCGCCCGCCACCCAGGGGGAUCACAAGCAGCGAGGAGUAUACUUUGUGUAAGAGGUUUUUGGAGCACGGGCUCUGCAGGUAUGGCGCCCAGUGCACUUCAGCACAUUCCCAGGGGGAGCUAGCGGAGUGGCAGAAGAGGUAUGCCUCCCGCUUGCUGAGGCUGAAGCAGCAGAGUGAGAGCCAGCAGCUCUCAGGCAGCUACAUGGAGACCCUGAUAGAGAAGUGGAUGAGCUCACUGUCGCCAGAGAAAGUGCUUAGCGAAUGCAUAGAGGGAGUUCAGGUGGAGCACAGCCCUGACCUGUCGGUCACCGUCAACACCAAAAAAUCCCACCAGACAUGGACCUUUGCUCUGACUUGUAAGCCUGCAAGAAUGCUGUCUCGGGUAGCCCUGCUCUAUGAUGCGCAUCGUCCUCAUUUUAGCAUCAUUGCCAUAUCUGCCGGAGAUAGUACUACCCAGGUGUCACAGGAAGUCCCUGAAAACUGUCAAGAAUGGAUAGGAGGAAAGAUGGCCCAAAAUGGAUUAGAUCAUUACGUGUAUAAAGUCGGGAUAGCAUUUAACACAGAAAUAUUUGGAACUUUUCGCCAAACCAUAGUUUUCGACUUUGGAUUGGAGCCAGUACUCAUGCAAAGAGUAAUGAUUGAUGCAGCUUCUACAGAAGAUCUUGAGUACCUGACGCAUGCAAAACAGCAGCUGGUAACCACAGCCAAGCGCUGGGACUCUUCUUCUAAGACUAUGGUAGAUUUUGAACCUAACGAAACUACUGAUUUGGAGAGGAGCCUUCUGAUCAGAUACCAAAUCCCUCUUUCCGCCGACCAGCUGUUCACACAGUCCGUUCUAGACAGAUCCUUGACCAAGGCCAACUACCAGUCCCGACUGCACGACCUGCUUUAUAUUGAGGAGAUAGCCCAGUAUAAAGAAGUCAGCAGGUUCAACCUUAAAGUGCAAUUGCAGAUUUUAGCAAGCUUCAUGCUCACUGGAGUUUCUGGGGGUGCAAAGUAUGCUCAGAAUGGACAACUUUUUGGUCGUUUUAAGCUUACUGAAACCCUUUCUGAAGAUACUUUGGCUGGACGACUGGUGAUGACCAAAGUCAAUGCUGUUUAUUUAUUACCAGUCCCUAAAGAGAAUCUAGUACAGACCCAGGGAACCAAAGAGAAGGUUUAUGAAGCUACUAUUGAAGAAAAAACAAAAGAUUAUAUAUUUCUAAGGAUAUCCAGGGAAUGCUGUGAAGAGCUUAAUCUGCGGCCUGACUGUGACACACAGGUUGAGCUUCAGUUUCAGUUGAACCGAUUACCCCUCUGUGAAAUGCAUUAUGCACUAGACAGGAUUAAGGACAAUGGUGUUUUGUUUCCAGACAUCAGUAUGACUCCUACCAUACCUUGGAGUCCCAACAGACAAUGGGAUGAGCAGUUGGAUCCUCGACUGAAUGCAAAACAGAAAGAAGCUGUUCUGGCCAUCACCACUCCACUGUCCAUCCAGCUGCCGCCUGUUCUCAUCAUUGGCCCCUACGGCACAGGGAAGACCUUCACUCUGGCUCAGGCCGUCAAGCACAUACUGCAGCAGCAGGAGACGAGCAGGAUUCUCAUUUGCACCCAUUCUAAUAGUGCUGCUGACCUCUACAUAAAGGAUUAUUUACAUCCAUAUGUAGAAGCAGGCAAUCCCCAGGCAAGACCUCUCAGGGUGUAUUUCCGAAACCGCUGGGUGAAGACUGUCCACCCAGUUGUGCAUCAGUACUGUUUGAUCUCAAGCGCACAUUCCACCUUUCAGAUGCCCCAGAAGGAAGAUAUUCUUAAACAUCGAGUGGUGGUGGUCACACUGAACACUUCCCAGUACCUCUGCCAGCUGGACCUUGAGCCUGGGGUUUUUACGCACAUUCUGCUGGAUGAAGCUGCCCAGGCCAUGGAGUGUGAGACUAUUAUGCCUCUAGCCUUAGCAACUAAAAACACACGGAUCGUUUUGGCUGGUGAUCAUAUGCAGCUCAGUCCUUUUGUUUACAGCGAGUUUGCCAGGGAGAGAAGCCUUCAUGUCUCACUACUUGACCGACUCUACGAGCAUUACCCUGCCGAGUUCCCGUGCAGGAUCCUCCUCUGCGAGAACUACCGCUCCCAUGAAGCUAUCAUCAACUAUACCUCUGAGCUUUUCUACGAGGGUAAACUGAUGGCCAGUGGAAAGCAGCCAGCACACAAGGACUUUUAUCCACUAACAUUUUUUACAGCACGGGGGGAAGAUGUACAAGAAAAAAAUAGCACAGCCUUUUACAACAAUGCAGAGGUAUUUGAAGUGGUGGAGCGUGUAGAAGAGCUAAGACGGAAGUGGCCAGUGGCGUGGGGGAAGUUGGAUGAUGGCAGCAUCGGUGUGGUGACGCCAUAUGCUGAUCAGGUGUUUCGGAUCCGGGCUGAACUUCGGAAGAAGAGGCUCUCUGAUGUGAAUGUAGAGAGGGUGCUCAACGUUCAAGGAAAGCAAUUCAGAGUUCUCUUUCUUAGCACAGUGCGCACGCGCCACACUUGCAAGCAUAAACAGACGCCAAUUAAAAAGAAAGAGCAACUUCUGGAAGACUCCACCGAGGACUUAGAUUAUGGUUUUUUAUCUAACUACAAACUUCUCAACACUGCCAUCACCAGAGCACAGUCUCUGGUUGCUGUGGUGGGCGAUCCCAUUGCUCUGUGCUCUAUUGGAAGAUGUAGGAAGUUCUGGGAGCGCUUUAUUGCCUUGUGUCAUGAAAAUCACAGCCUGCACGGGAUUACGUUUGAGCAGAUCAAGGCUCAGUUAGAGGCUUUGGAACUCAAGAAGACGUAUGUGUUGAAUCCACUGGCUCCUGAAUUUAUCCCCCGGGCUUUACGACUGCAGCAUUCGGGAAACAGCAGCAGGCAGCAGCAGUCACCACCCAAGGGGAGAAGCCUCCAUCACCCACAGAGUGAUCAUUUCCAGAAUGACGGAAUUGUUCAGCCCAAUCCUUCUGUACUUAUUGGCAAUCCUAUUAGAGCAUUUACUCCUCCGCCCCCUCUUGGACCUCACCCAAACUUGGGGAAAUCUCCAAGCCCCGUUCAAAGAAUAGAUCCUCACACUGGGACAAGUAUUCUUUAUGUACCUGCUGUCUAUGGAGGGAACGUAGUGAUGUCGGUGCCUUUACCUGUGCCAUGGACAGGGUACCAGGGUAGGUUUGCAGUUGAUCCUCGGAUUAUUACACACCAGGCAGCGAUGGCCUACAAUAUGAACCUAUUACAUACACACGGACGUGGGUCGCCAAUCCCUUAUGGCCUUGGACAUCACCCACCUGUCAACCUAGGGCAGCCACAGAGUCAGCACCCAGAGAAGGACCAACAGGAGCAAAACCGAAAUGGUAAAAUGGAUGCAAAUAACUCCGGACCUGAAAUUAAUAAGAUCCGAACACCAGAGAAAAAGCCUACAGAGUCCAAACAGGUUGAUUUGGAAUCACAUCCACAGAACAGAAGUCCCGAAUCCCGUCCUGCCGUUGUUUAUUCCAAUACCAAAUUUCCUCGAAAAGAUAAUCUCAACCCAAGACACAUAAGUCUUCCUCUUCCUGCACAGCACGCACAGUAUGCAAUCCCUAGCCGCCAUUUUCAUCCGCUUCCUCAGCUACCCAGGCCACCAUUUCCCAUCCCCCAGCAGCACACCUUGUUAAAUCAGCAACAGAAUAAUUUGCCUGAACAAACAAAUCAGGUGGCACCCCAGCCAAACCAGAUGGCACCUCAGCCAAAUCAGGUGGCACCCCAGCCAAAUCAGGUGACCCCGCAGCAAAGCCAGGCACCUCCACAGGCCCUGCAGCCACCGCCUCAGCUCUCUCCUGCAUUUCAGGCGGGGCCAACGAAUGCAUUUUUCAAUAAUGCAGUUGCUCACAGACCACAGUCUCCUCCUGUCGCAGAGGCUGUGGGUCCCGAGCAACAGCCACCUCCUGGGCUGCCUGACGGCCACAGUCCACUGAGAGCCAUCACACAGCCUGGCCCCAUGCUGGCGUCCCCUUUGAACAACUUUGUUGAUGAGAGCUCUCCAGGAUUGCCUGUAGCAGAAACUUUGGAUCGAGUACACGGAAGUGUAGCCCUGGAGACCCUGAGGCAGCAGCAGGCACGGCUACAGCAGUGGAGUGAGCACCAUGCCUAUCUCAGCCAGGGCAGCAUCCCGUAUCCACACCAUCACCACCCUCACCUCCCGCAGCUUCCCCAGCCACCCAUUGGCCUCCACCAGCCGCCAGUGAGGGCCGAGUGGAAACUCACCAGCAGGGCUGACGAUGAAACAGAGACAACGUUCUCAAGGUUUCAAGACUUACUCAGAGAGCUGUCUCAUCGUGAUCAAGGUGACACUCGAGAGCUUGCUGAAAUGCCACCACCUCAAUCAAGACUUUUGCAGUACAGACAAGUUCAGGCUAGAAGCCCACCAGCGGUCCCAUCUCCCCCUUCCGCCACAGACCACAGUAGCCAAUUUUCUAACUUUAAUGACAAUAGCAGAGACAUUGAACUAACCAACAGCCCAGCCUUUCCACAGCGCCUCCCGCCUCAGCUCUUUGGCUCACCGUUUGCAUUGCCAUCUGAACACCUUACCCCACCCCCCCUGAAGUACCUGGCUCCGGAAGGAGCAUGGAAUUUUGCUAACUUGCAGCAGAAUCACUUAAUAGGGCCAGGCUUUCCCUAUGGCCUACCUCCAUUGCCUCCCAGGCCACCGCAGAACCCUUUUAUACACAUCCAGAACCAUCAACACGCUAUUGGUCAAGAGCCAUUUCACCCGCUGUCAUCUCGCACAGUAUCUUCUUCUUCGCUCCCCAGCCUAGAAGAGUAUGAGCCCAGAGGACCUGGGCGGCCCUUGUACCAAAGAAGAAUCUCAUGUAGCUCAGCCCAGCCUUGUGUGGAAGAGGCAAGCACUCCGCAGGACAGCCUAGCUCAGGGCAAAGACCUGCAGGACCAUAGCCACCCGCCUGCAUUCAGCUUCCCAGCCCCCGAGUCCUGGGCCAACACCACCUCAUCUGCUCCCUACCAGAACAUUCCGUGCAAUGGAUCCAGCAGGACACCUCAGCCCAGAGAGUUGAUAGCUCCUCCUAAGACUGUCAAACCCCCUGAGGAUCAGCUGAAGCCCGACAGCGGGGAGGCGUCCAGUUCCUUCAACUACUCGGUGCUGCAGCACCUCGGCCAGUUCCCACCCCUCAUGCCCAACAAGCAGAUUGCAGAGUCGGCCAACAGCAGCCACCAGCAGAGCCCGGCAGGGAGCAAGCCCGCCAUGUCCUAUGCCAGUGCGCUGCGGGCCCCGCCCAAGCCCAGGCCCCCGCCGGAGCAGGCGAAGAAGGGCAGCGACCCGCUGUCCCUGUUCCAGGAGCUCAGCCUGGGCAGCAGCCCGGGCAGCAAUGGCUUCUACUCCUACUUCAAGUGACCGCUCUCGCUCUCCUCAGAGAACGUGCAGUUCCUGUUUGUCUGUAGGAUUGAGGUGGCGGCUCCGCCUGCGCACAGCCCUCUGCAAUGUUGACGUGCUCUCACUCAGUCCCCUUGCUGCUAGACCUGCGCCUAAGUUUGAAAGUAUAUUCCAUUAUUUUGCAUUUUUGAUGUGAGUCAGAAUUUUGACAGCUUUUAUGUAGAAUAAAAAUAUUUUUAAAUUUGUGUAUUGUUACAUAUGUUUGCAUUAAGCUAGCAGCUAAGAGGUUAAUUGUGUAACUAUAAAAAAAAGAAAAAAAAGAAAAAAGUUUGUCUAAAAUGUAUUUAAAAAGAAAAAAAUUGUUAAGUAGCAUUUACAUUUAUUCAAUAAUAUUACCACAUGCUGGGUUUCUGUACCAGAAAUGGCCAGUUGAUGUACAAAUGUAUGUUAUUUUUGCUUAAAUUCACUUAAAAUUUUUUUUUAAAUAAAGGGGCAGCAUCUUCUAAAUACUUUAUCUUUUUUUUUUUUUUUU